AUGUCUCAAUUCUUCUCGCAAGAGUCUCAUCUCACUUUUCAGCAAUCACAACAAAAUCUAACCAUUGUUGUUCCUCUCGUUAAGUUCUCGUGCUCUUCAGUCAAUCAGGGUAGUACCACAGGUAUUCAAUGGAGUCACUACUUGAGGAACGAUCUCGAGCUUGUGAUUCAAGAGAUGCAAAAUGGAAGUUCUGGAAAUGAAAAGAAUCUAAUGAUGAAAGUGGUGGCCGGUGCGGAUUAUCUGGAAGAACAAAAUUUGGACGACAUUGCAAGGAACUAUAAGGAUUUCAUCCCAUCACCAGGUAGCCGCAAUCCCGUCGACGUAGUGGUCAAGCGUCCAAUUCUUGCACUGCGCUAUCCAAAGCGUAAUAAUUCCGCCAUGUCCAUAACUUCAUUCAUGCCUCACUCUAAACCAUCUAUCGAAACGCUUAAGAAAAAGCAAGCACUAUACACCAGUCAAAUCGGGAGACAGCAACAAGAGAUACAACCCUCAAAUCUCAUAGUGCCUUCAUCAAACGACAUUUCUUCAAGUCAUUCUGCAUAUCGGAGCCCGGUCUUUUUGCCGAACCAUGAAGGGUCGCCCUCUACUUCGCGGUUUUUCGAAACUGGAAAAACACAAUACCUGCUCAAUAGGCUAGCCUCAUUCUCUUCUGUCGAUGACACAAAUAAUCUUAGACACAACGGACACGGGCCUGUGCUAGAUAGCUUCAGCCCAUCCGAGUGUCAACCAUUGGCUCGUCCAGCAGAGUAUCCUAUAUUCAGUUCCCUUGGAAAACGCCUGUUACCUCUCUCAACUGACCAUGAUAUCUGCUCUGGCUUUCUCAUACCGCCAAAGCGUCAAUUGCCGUUCGCCACAGUGAAAGAUCCUUCAAGAUCUGAAUCUGUAUCUGCUAUAGAACCCAAUCAACCCGUUGAAGCUCCGGGUCAGCGAAAGAGGUCACUCAAAGAAUUAUCUGAUGCGAACUCAUCAAAUACGGUUACCACAACUACUGAAAAGCCAACAAAGAGACGCUUCGCGAGUCGAAAAGCCAUGCACCUACAAGAAAUCGAUGACCGAUUAACCAAACCUGUACCUUCAACAGAUGUUUUGGCAGGUAAUAGCCUUGGUGUGCCCAUACUGUCUGGACAGCCGUCCCCUCUUGCACUGUGGACUGUCGCCGCACUGGCCCCCUCAAAUCUACCUUCGAAAUUGCAAGAAAAAGAAAUCUCCGCUACACAACGACUUUUAUCAACUCCUCACGAUAAACCCACGGCUCGAAAAAUGGCAGAGAGGUCUACUCAAACUCAAACUCUUUCAGGUCGGGAUCAUACUGCAGCUCUCAAAUCUACGCGGAGUGCUUCUCUUGUAGAGGUUCCGUCAAACUUUCCAGCAGCUUUUGUAUUACAAGAGGACUUAGACCUAUUUAUAUCAAGGUAUAGUUCUCGCUCGCAAAUAAACUUACCCCCAAAUUAUAACAAAGUUCCCGCCGAGGAACGUCAUAAAAUGCUCAAUGAUUUCAUCUUAAAAAAUCUAGAGAAUGAGGAUUUUCAUAAGAUGGCUAAGGAUACAGAUGCUUCUGCGCGUAGGGUGGGUCUCACGAGAUAA